UCUCUCUCUCUCUCUCUCUCCAUGGGUGCUCGUUGCUCCAAAUUCUCCAUCUGCUGGUGGCAUUCCCAUCUCAAACCGUCCGUUCUCCAGUCCUCUGAUCUCGAGGAUGGGGGCAAAAAUGACAAAAAUGCUCUGCCGAGCUUCAAUGAGUUUAGCUUACAGGAACUAAAAGCUGCUACAAAUGGCUUUUCUCCGGAUAACAUUGUGUCAGAGCACGGAGAGAAAGCUCCGAACGUUGUUUACAAAGGAAGACUCCAGAAUGAUCGUUGGAUCGCCGUUAAACGGUUCAACAAGUCCGCUUGGCCUGAUCAUCGCCAAUUCACUGAGGAGGCAAGGUCUGUGGGGAAUUUGAGGAGUGAGCGAUUGGCUAAUCUGAUCGGAUGUUGCUAUGAAGGUGAUGAGAGAUUGCUCGUGGCAGAGUUUAUGCCGAAUGAGACUCUCGCCAAGCAUCUCUUUCAUUGGGAGGCCCAGCCAAUGAAAUGGGCUAUGAGAUUGAGGGUGGCUUUGUAUUUAGCACAAGCUUUGGAGUAUUGCAGUAGUAAGGGACGGGCCCUAUAUCACGAUCUCAAUGCUUACAGAGUCUUGUUUGAUCAGGAUGGCAAUCCUAGGCUCUCGUGCUUUGGCCUCAUGAAGAAUAGCAGAGAUGGCAAGAGCUACAGUACAAAUUUGGCAUUCACACCUCCCGAGUACUUGAGAACAGGAAGAGUGACGCAAGAGAGUGUAGUUUACAGCUUUGGGACCAUGUUGCUUGAUCUCCUGAGCGGCAAGCAUAUUCCUCCAAGCCAUGCACUUGACCUAAUUCGUGGCAAGAAUUUCCUGAUGCUCAUGGAUUCUUGUUUAGAGGGUCACUUCUCAAAUGAUGAUGGGACGGAGUUGGUACGAUUAGCUUCCCGUUGUUUGCAAUAUGAAGCUCGCGAGAGGCCAAAUGCGAAGUCCCUUGUUGCUGCUCUUAUGUCUCUUCAGAAAGAAACAGAGGUUCCAUCAUACGUCUUGUUGGGUAUUCCACACGGAACUGCUAACCCGACUCAGCCAUUGUCGCUUACACCUAUGGGUGAAGCUUGCUUGCGUAUGGAUCUCACUGCCAUACAUGAAAAUUUGGAGAAGAUUGGAUACAAGGAUGAUGAGGGAAUUGCCAAUGAGCUUUCUUUCCAGAUGUGGACGAAACAAAUGCAGGAGUCCCUGACUUCUAAGAGGCAAGGUGAUGCUGCUUUUCGAGCCAAGGAUUUCACAACGGCCAUUGAUUGCUACACGCAGUUUAUUGAUGGUGGGACUAUGGUAUCUCCGACCGUGUUCGUCAGACGCUGCUUGUCUUACCUGAUGAGUGACAUGCCACAAGAAGCUCUUGGGGAUGCUAUACAAGCCCAUGUGGUGUCUACUGAGUGGCCCACUGCAUUUUACCUUCAGGCAGCCGCCCUCUUCAGCCUUGGGAUGGAGUCUGAUGCCCAAGAGUCACUAAAAGAUGGAACAAACUUGGAAGCCAAAAGGAACAAAAAUUGAAAGUGUAUAGGUUUUACAUCUCUCCUUUAUUUGUAUUUAAUCCUUUUGCCUAAUCUCAUGUAUUUAUCCCAUAGUCGUUCUCAUUUGCCAUUUUGAUCUUUUGCAACAUCGGUGGAUCAUUUGAAACUUUAUUAAUGUUGGUUAUGAUUUAAAGGUUACAUCUCUCUUGAUCUCAAGGUCUGCUUCGGCGAUUCUGGGACUGCAAGAGGAUUACAUAUUUCAUCUGUCUCUUUACAUAGUGUGCUCCGAUUACUAUUCUUUGGUACUUUUUUCUCUUGGCCACUAGAUAGGUCAGUGAAUUAAACAUUUGUGGUUUUGGAAUGUUCAGG